CCCGCCCGCCCCCAUCGCCUGCGCCGGGCCGCUGGGCGGAGCGGCGGGAAGCGGCCGCCGCCGCCCACGCCUGUCUGGGUGCCCCGGGCUUCCUUCCUUCUGCCCCCCCCCGCCCCGCGCGGCCGCGGCGCUCGGGGCCGGAGCGGGGCAGCCCGCUGCCUUCCCCCUGCCGUCGCCGCGCCGGUGUGGCGGUGCGAGGCAUGAAGCUGAGCAAAGCCCAGUACGAUGAGAUAGCCCAGUUCCUGGGGCAGGUGCAGCCCACCAGACAGAGCCUGCGGAAGCUGAAGGAGAAGUUCCCUAGUCAAUCGCAGUCCACUCUGCUGAGCAUCUUCUCCCAGGAGUACCAGAAACAAGUGAAAAGAACACAUGCCAAGUAUCACACUGCUGAGGCUGUUGAAACUUACUACCAAAGGUACCUGAAUGGGGUGAUGAAAAAUGCAGCUGCCCCUGUGUUGCUGGAGCUGGCCAAUGAGGUGGACUUUGCCCCAUCAUUGAUGGCUCGCAUUGUAUUAGAAAGAUUUCUACAAGAACAAGGUCAAGCUAUCCCCUCCAAGACUCUUAUAAAUAGUAUGUUACGGGACCCUUCUCAGAUUCCAGAUGGAGUUCUAGCAAACCAAGUCUAUCAGUGUACUGUGAAUGACUGUUGUUAUGGACCACUGGUGGACUGCAUCAAACACGCGAUUGGGCAUGAGCAUGAAGUCUUGCUGCGAGAAAUGCUUUUGGAAAAAAAUCUGUCUUUCAUAGCUGAAGAUCAGCUUCGUGCAAAGGGUUAUGACAAAACACCAGACUUUAUUUUAGAAGUACCAGUAGCUGUUGAAGGACACAUAAUUCACUGGAUUGAAAGCAAAGCUUCUUUUGGUGAUGAAAGUAGCCACCAAGCCUACUUGCAGGACCAGUUUUGGAGCUACUGGAAUAGGUCUGUUGAUAAUGGAUGUAGAAGUAUCAUGGGCUUCCAUUUCAGUACCAUCUUUUACAUAGAAUCUGUCCAUCUACCAGAGAUCUAGUUCUGUUCAAAGACAGUAGAAGAGCUCGCAGUGGCCUCAAUGGAGUAAGACAGUCAUCAGUAUUAGUUUAGACUUGGAUAAUGACAAUGGGCACAAUUGAAGUACAAGAAAUUCCAUUUAAGUACAAGAAAAAUCUUUCUUGCAGUAAGGGUGGUCAAACACUGGAGCAGGUUGCCCAGAGAGGUUGUAGUGUCCCUAUCCUCGGAGAUAUUCAAAACUCAGCUGGACUUGUCCAUGAGCCACCUGCUUUGGUUGACCCUGCUUUAAGCUGGCGAGUUAGACUAGAUGAUCUCUGGAGGUCCCUCUCCAGAGGUCCCUUCAACUAUUCUGUGAUUCUGUGUGUAUUUAUCAUUAUUUUUUAUCUUUAUUUUUAAAAAACCAGUUACAGAGGAAAUCAUAUGGAAAUAAGAAGGGAGGGAAAUCUAAAAGAUUUUAGUCCAGCAGACUGUGGUGCUGUUACAUUUAAUGUCAGAUUUCCUAGACCAGAGGCACUAUGUUCCUUUGGACAUUUGCUAGGGACAUAUGGAGAAAGAAGUCAAAGCUCAUGUAAUUUGGGAAGAAAACCUACUAUUGCAAUACAAAUGAGAUUUCAGUUUCAAGAGCUGACAUGGGUUAUUCAAAUCGUCUUUAGUGACAUUCUGGAAGAAGCUGGAGAAACUUAGUUUUCAGAGUGAGAGAAAAAAACAGGAUGAAGAAAAUUGUGAAAAAAUCUUACCUGCCUGUUAAUGUUUUUCUGAGAACUAAUGACAAGUGCUACGCAUCACUUCAGAAUCAAAAAUUAAAGUAAUAGCUUAAACAGUAAGACAAUCAUGAAAAUAAUUGAAGGAAAGCUGAGGCAGCUUUUUUGACCCUGUUGGUCUGGAGUUUGAGGAUCAGUUCACAGAAGACUGCACAAAAUAUGGACUUAUAAAGUUAGCCCUAACUGCCAACAGAUCCUAAUAUGUUAAAGGUUGUAAUCUUUUGAAAGAAGUUGGUUGGCUUUCCUGUUGGCCCUCCUAUCAACUUUAACCUCCGACCUUCUCCGGCAUGUAUCACUACAAAUAAAACUGCUGAGGUUUGACAAGAGGAUAUAAAGUCACUAGGCCAUCGCACAGAGAUCUCUACAUGAUUUUCUUUAACCUUAAGCUUAAAUGAACACUGCUCUAAGUCAGGAUUUUUAAUAAGAAGUUAUAAACACUCACCCAUAUCACUUUUGUUUUAAUAAUUACUGUUUUAACAGAGAAAAGAAGAAAUAUACAUAGUAAAUUAUGUUUGACAACUGGAAUUUGGUGGUUUUGUUAUUGGAUGUCUUUGACCAUUACAGAGAUUGCUGUUCUUCAUUUUAAUGUAUACUUUUUCAUGCAAGCUGCAUACGAUAUUGAUAUAAACAUGGCAUUUGUGUACAGUGUUAUAAAUGAAUUUUUAGCUCUUGAUUAAGACAAACCAGAUGACAAAAAUAACGUAUGUGUUUGCAUUUACCAACUUCAAAAUAAUCUUCAAAACUGUAGUCACCUGCAAAGGUUUUGGCUUUUGUUUUUCUAUAUUUUUUAAUGUAACUUUACACAGUAUGUUUUAACAAUCUAGGAACUAUGCAGGCCAUAUUUACUAAAAGUUUUUCUGUAUUAAUCCACUCCUAAGAGCUGCCUGCAUAGUAUUUUCAUUUUGCUUUGACUGAGCGGCCAUCCGUGGUAUUAACUCUUGCAGAGUCCCUGUUCUUAUGAACAACUUAUCUCUGAAAAUUGGCUUUACCAUAUUGAAAUUAUAUUACCAUCCUAAAAUUAUAUUUCUUUCCUUUUUGGAUCCCAUGCCAACUUAAAAUUAGAUUUUCUGUUUUCCAGCCUGUUAUUUCUUUGUGAAGGUAUUUCCAUGAUGAAUUUCUUGUUACAUCAUAAUGCUCUUCAUGCUUUUUGUUGCUCUUAUCUUGUCAUCUUUUAUUCUCACCCAUCUUUUUUUAGGGUGGUUCUUUUUUGGCCUGGGUAAGCAGUCUCUUCUUUUUGAAGUCCUUCCUCCCUUGCCAGGUUCUGUUUCUUGUGUGAGUGAGCCAUUCCUAUUUUCAUCAUCUGACAGAGUGUACUUCUGUCACUUACAAGUCCACUUUCCAUGAUCAGAAAAGUACUGCUGUUUUUAAUCUGAAGACAUAUAUAGAUGUUCCAUACUUAGUUAUGAUUUCUAUGUAUUUUUAGGUUUUCUUCACAAUUGUAACUGCUAGGGACCAGGAGCACCUUUUUUUCUAAACACUAGCAGAACGCUAGUCAGGUAUCAUUAGGCCUUGCAUCUUCUUGCAUUUGCCAUAAAUUUUUAACUGGGUUUCAUUUAUCCUUAAUUUAUUAAUUUUAAGCUUAUUACAGAAAUGCUUCGCUAUUAUAGAUGCAAUACUGUCUUAAAUCUGAGCCAGUGUUUUUCAUCUGUGCUUGGACUACGUCUAAGUGGUCCAUAGAAAGUAGAUAAGGAAAACAAGCCUUUGGUGCAUCGGUUUAUAAUCAUCAUAUAUUGGAAAAUUGCUAGGCAUUUGCUAGUUGCAAAAGACUAACAAAUACUAAUCUACGGAUUUAUCUUGAAGGGAGUACGUAGCAGACUUUACCUAGACUUCUGGUGUUACCCGUAUCCUGGGAAACAGUGGAUGUUUCUGUUUGUCAUAUCAGUACGAUAUGUAAAUUUUGGAAGUUAGAUAUUGCUGGAGUACUAAGGGCUGACCAAAGGUUAAUAAGGGGAAGCUUUUUUAAAAAAUGUAAAAUCAUAUCAAGAGGAAUAUAAUUUAGCUGACAAGGUGUGGUGAGAGAACUCGGUCGCACUAUGCCUUUUCACCUAUGAAAGUCUUCAAGUGUUUUCCUUCCGAUCCCUGAUUUUGAAUACGGAGUGCUAAUCGUAAGGUCAUGUGACUUCUACUUUGCUCUGCAGCAUCACAUCAAUCUGUGCUCCUUUAUCAUUUUCCCUAACAUUUAACCUCCACCAUCUUCAAAAAGUGGGCAGGAAGCCCACUAGAAAGGCACCCAAGGAGACAGAUGAGACAAACUGGCAAUGAGUCUCUGCUCUCAUUAACAAGAAGUAUUGACUUCUAACUUUCUUUUUCUUUGAGACCACCUAUAUUACAUUCAGAAGAACAUAAUAUAGUUUUAGCUGAUGCUAGCAGAGAUUUCUGGUACUUUGUAUGUAAACAAUAUCAUCUAGCAUUGCUUAUCAACGCAUGUAAGAAACUGUUUUCUUCUAGUGCUUCUAAAAGUUACAGGAUGGUCACAUGGUAGUAGGAAAGCAUAAGUAUUAAGCUGUUACACUUACUAGAAAAGGCUGUCUGCCCACUUUCACUGUGAGAAUGUAUCUAUGGUGGAGAAGUUCUCUGAUAUAAUUUCAGCAUACUCAGUUAAAGCUCCAGUAUCAUGCUCCAGUAUCAUCCUCCAGUAACAGUUACUAUACAUAGAAGUAACAGAGUUAAACUGUGAGUAUUAAGUUAUUAAUUGAGGGGUGAUUAAGAUAGCAUUUGGUAUCCAUAGGGGAUGUUCAGAGAGCUUUGUAAUGGGUACAAUAGCAAUGAUUAAAAGAAGGAAUGCUGAUCCCUUCAUGCAUGAAAUAGUUUAUCCCGCUCUGGAGCCUAGGAGGCUAAUAAAGCUUCUGUGGACCAAAGGCAUAGAGGCUUACUUUGGCUAGAUUAAGACAUUUUCCAGAAAUGCUUUUCUUUUUUUUUUCUUUCUUUUUUUUCUUUCUCUUUUUUUCAUGAUUUAGGGAAUGAAGAAGUCAGUAACACUAGAAAAAGCAAAUAUGCAAAUAGAAUUGUUUUAGACUUACUCUUAUCACAGUAGAUAAAUGAUUAACCCUGCCUUUUAAAAAUGCACAUUUUAGCAAUAUUUUAAGAUAUAAAAAUAAGGAAAUUGAUAUUUUUCUUUUUUUUAAUUUAAUUUCAGUGUUUCAAAAAUGCUGGUACUUCAGGAAAUAUGAGUAUAAAUUAAUCUGAUAUUUGUUACAAGGCAUUGAAAUAGAUCAGCAGAACAUAAAGCAGCUAUUGUACAUAUACUUUGGUACCUCAUCUAAAUGUUGCUAUAUUGAACACACUCAUAAGAAUUACAAAGAUUCUUCAUUUUCAAAAUGUUUGUAUCAUUUCAGUGUACUCUCUUGUAGAAAUGCUAUUCUGUAUUUCUUCAUCAAAAGAGGUUUUAAGAAAAGUAAAUCCCAUAGAUGUACUUUGGGAAAGUAGACAGUAUGUGAACACUUCUCACAUAUCUUGUAUGCAUGCGAUAUGUUUUUUCUUUCAAACCAUAAUUACCAAAAAUAUGCUGUAUAAACCCUAUUACAUGUGUUGCUUGUAUCAGAAGGAAAGAAUAUUAUAUGCUGUAUAAUUGGAAAUGUCAGCAUUGUGAGUUGCUGAUAUUUUCCAUUGGAUGUGAAUACCAAGCUGAAUGUUUAAACCAUUUUUAAUAAGUAAAUAGCAUUUGUUUUAACCUAUCUAUAUCUAUUUUCUGAAUAUGGAUGCCAAAUAAUUGCUUUAUCCUAGAAGGAUGUGAAAUCUCCUGAAAAGCUGGAAACUUGAAAGAAAAUGGUAGUGGGAACUAAAGGUCCCAAUAUCUGUUCCAUCUUCUUAAAUCAGUAAAGAAUAGGAACUCUUCAAAGUUAAUAAACAAGAUCCAAGAGAUUGGAACAGGUAUCAGUCUCACCAGCCUUCCCUCCUUCAUGUUACAAUUCUAAGGAAAUCUGUCUGCUGAAACUUAAUAUGAUCCAGAAGAGUUUAUCUAUUAUGAAUUAGUUUAGGUUUUCAAAGGUUUUAACUGAAUUUCCCAAUUAAUGAGUCCUUUUGUGAGAUAAAUUGAUGUUGUAUCUGCCAUUUUGCAGAUGUACCCAACUUUUCACCUAGAGCACCACUUAAGCCACACAAAGAUUAAGAUUUCAGGCUUUUAACAUGAAUGUUUCCAGGUGUUUUAGCACAUAAAGAUAGAGAUACAAACUUGAUAUCCACAUAUGGCAUUGAAUAAAUAUGUUAAGUUUUAUGUUAAAAACAUAGAAGUACUGUUUUGCCUUCAAUUAUUUUAUGCAGAUAAUUAUCACGUUAGUAUUUACUUCUCAAAUAACUAUAGACAUUUUCAUUGUCUCCUGAAUCCAGUAGCAGAAAGUGUUUUGUCGUGGCCUGUCGGCCAAGGGAUUAAAUAAAAGCACAGAAGUAGCAAAAAAAUUUGCCCUCACAUACCUUCAUAGGCCUGUAUUUUCUCUUCUCUUCCCUGGCCCUGGUCCUGGCGUUAAAGUUAUUUAACUGAAUUUUUAAAGCUCUUUUUGAGGCAAAGAAACUCUGCCUUUAAAUAUUAUCCUUUGUCCUAGAUAAUUCAAUUUCUUAAGAAGCAAGUCAUAAAGUUUCAGGGAAAGAAGUAGAAAUAAUUUUAAAGUGAAGAAGAACUUUUAUAAUAUAGAAAGAUCAUACUCUUGUUUAACAGUGACUUUUGAAAAUACAACAAUUUUAAGUUAUUUCGGAUGUUAUGUAAUUAAGCUAUGGAACUCAGUGUGACAGUGUUAUUGACUAUCAAAGUUUAAGAAAAACACAAUGAGAAUUUAAAUAUAAUUUUGUGCAUUUUUAUAAUGUAUGAAAAAGAUUGCUCACACACAAGAUAUAAAUACUUAUAGUGCAUUAAAAACUUGUCAAAGAAA